AUGAUUAAUUUGAAAAAAGUGGCUGUGAGGAGCAGAAUCCAGAGUUGGAAGAAUAAAUGGCUGUCCACUGCAGGAUUAUGCAAAGCUAUAUCUCAAUUGUGUGGGCAGUUUUGCUGGAGUAAGGGAACAGAUUUCCAGAAAGGGUUACAUUGGGUUGAAUGGAACAAGCUAACUCUGGCUAAGGUUCAUGGGGGCCUGGGGUUCCAGGAUGUACAGUUGUUCAACAUAGCAAUGAUAGCUAAACAGUUGUGGAAGUUGGUGACAGAACCUGACAGGUUAGUGAGCAGAGUGCUUAAAGCUAAAUAUUAUCCCAGCUCAUCAUUAUUUGAAGCUCAAAAGACACAUAAUUCAUCAUGGUUUUGGGCUAGUUGGCUGUCAGUACUCAAGGUUUGUGGUCAGUGGAUGAGGAUUGAGGUUAGAACAGGACAAAACAUCAACAUAUGGGAUCAGCAUUGGAUUCCAGAUAGACUGGGAAAGGAGGUGCAGUUGUUACCAGGAGUUGCCAGGGGAGUGCAGAAGGUGAAAGAUUUGUUGAAUGAGGAUGGAACUCAAUGGGAUGUUAGCAAAGUCAGGGCAACAUUUACUCCUGAGUCAGUAAUUCUAUUCUUAAAAUUGAUACAUUGGAUCCUAAUUUGGAGGACAUAUGGAGGUGGGAACCACAGAGGAAAGGUUGUCGGUUACGUUUGGUUUAUGGGUGUUGAGGCUGGUAGAUUUGGUAGAUGUAUGUUAGUUGUUAAGGACAAAACCCCAAAAUUCAAAGGCAAGGCCAUCAAGAACUUUCCAUCAUCGACAGAACACACGCAGACGCAGUGGAGGUGGGGAGCGAUGGUGUGGUUUCAGUGCGAGGACUGUGGAGACAACCUUAAGAAACCCAAGCUCGCCAAUCAUUUCAGACAAUGCUCUGCUUUCAAGUUAUCGUGCAUCGAUUGUGGGCAAAUAUUUGGGCAGCAGGAUGUUGAAAGCCACACUCAGUGCAUUACUGAAGCGGAAAAAUAUGGUCCAAAGGGUCAAACAAAAGCUGUGAAUGGAACAAACACUAAGACCAAGAAUGAUGCAAAGCCAAAACCAGAGGUCGACAUAAAUGUCGGAUUGUCUGAACGCCCUCCAUGGUUCUGCAGCCUAUGUAACACCAAGGCCACAAGUAAGCAAACCCUGCUCCUCCAUGCCGAUGGGAAAAAGCACAGGGCAAAAGCAAGAGCAUUCCAUGCAUCAAAACAGCCGCCGGAUGGCACUGCAGAAGCCAAAAGUUCCAAUGACAAUAAUGCAAAAGAUGAAGUUCUUGAAACUAAGGAGUCAGUGGAACUAAGAGAUCAAAACUCGCCUAAAGCUGCUCUUGAUGGCUCUGUUUUGGAGGAUAACUCUUUGGAGUCAAACAAGAAGAGAAAACUCGAGGCAUCUGAAAAUGGUGAUGCUCAAAUUAUAGGAGCAGAAAAAGAAAAGGGCUCGAAAAAGGCCAAACAAAGUGCAACAGAGGAAGAUGGAGAACCACAUUCCAGUGCUGGCAAGGACAUUGCCAAGAAGACUAUAAAGUGGAAAAAGCUGAUUACGGCCGCUUUGAAAUCUAAUGAAGAUGGUGGUGCGAUUAAAUUUAAGAAACUAGGGAAAAUUGUCAUGAAAUCUCUGAAGGAAUCUGGGCACACAGAAAGCAGAAGGCAAGUAUAUGAACUUAUUGACCAGAAGAUAAAAUCAAGCUCGAGAUUUGUUGUCGAUGGGAAAUUUGUCCGGUUAGCCACCACCAGCUAAAACUGUGCCUCGUGCAGUGUGGAGCGAUUUCUUGAAUUUCGCCGAAAUUUUUGUUCUCACCAGAACUCAAUCGAUUUGAUAUAUUGGUUUUUACUUUUUGACCCUUGGCACCAUUGAGUAGAACUACAUUUUGUAACUUUGCAGUGAGGAGUAUAUUUCUGUUUGCCAAUUCGAUGUAAGACAGGCCCUAUGAGAUAUCUUAUCUUGCAUUUCCAUUUAGUCGUGAUGAUUGAAAUGUUGCAACAUAAAUUGAAGUAGACCAAAAACAAAAAGUGCUGCAAUU